AUCAGCUGUGUCCAAUCACAGCUGAUCACAUCCCCUGCAGUGCCACCUGUCAGUGUCCAUCAGUGCCAGUUGUCAGUGCUCAUCCAUGCCACCUGCCAGUGCCCAUCAGUGCCACAUCAAUGCCACAUUUCAGUGCCUACCAGUGCACAUCAAUGCCAUAUAUCAGUGUCCAUCUGAGCUGCCUUUCAGUGUCACCCAUAAGUGCCAGUCAGUGCCACCCAUCAAUGCCAGUCAGUGCCACCUAUCAGUGCUGUCAAUCAGUGCCACCUAUCAGUGCUGCCUAUCAGUG